CAGAAGCGCGUCAUUGGACACGGUUUGACAUGUGAGUCUGUACACUUUUGUGAGGAUCGUCUGAUAGCUUGCGUAACGUGAGUUACAAGCAGUGAAAGCGGGAAAUCGCUAUAUAAAACUGAACUGCGACAUUGUACAGUCAAAUGAAUGGCGGCAUGGCAGGACUUCUGUUUAGCUUGUUACUGGUGGCAGUUGUUGGGGUGGCGGUGGCGGUGACUGGGCGGGAAGCAGAUGUCCACUACAAGCGAGGAGCAGGUCAAGCGUUCAGCUAUGCGCAAGUGAUCCAUGACCAUGGCAGACCUUCGACAGGUCACUACAAGUCGGGUGGUCAUGCCCAAGAUGCUGUAAUUCACGUUACUAAGCAGGUGCCCUACCCAGUACUGCAGCCCUAUGCCAUCACGGUGGAGAAGCACAUCCCUUACCCAGUGAGUGUCCCUGUGGCAGUCCCCGUAGACCGACCGUACCCUGUACACGUCCCGAAACCGUACCUGGUACCAGUGGAGCGACCGGUUUCCAGUAACAGUGGCACGACCGUAUCCCGUACCGGUCGAAUACCCGGUAAAAUAUCCUGUGCCAACCCCGGUACCGGUGCCGGUUGCAAAGCCUUACCCAGUCUAUGUCCACGACAAAGGUUACGAUGAUGAAGGCGAUUAUUCUUCGAGUGUAGAAAGCGAUGACCACGAUAGAUGAAAUUAAUUUUUAAAAUAAGCCUUUUAUUUUGUACACUUUUUUAUUUAUGAGCAGUUAUUAACACUUUAUACUAAAACCUACUCAAAUAUGCAUAAUUUUGUUUACACAGUAAGUGGCUCGAUAUUUUCUUACAGCAAAUACAUGUGAUUUGUGUUAGAACUCAUUUUAUAGGUUUUUACGAAGUUUAUAGUAUAUACAAAUUAAAGGAUUUUUAAUUAAUACAGUAUUUUUUUUCAAAUACUGAUCAUGGUAUGUCUACUCACAUAAAUUUGUGAUUUAAAAUGUGUUACUGGAUUCGUAAAAAUUUUGAAAGAUUCUAUAAAUUAUUGUGAAUUUACCUUUA